CCAUCAUCAUUGGAAGUCAGGACAAGAUGGCCAAAAUAAGCUCAAGAGAAGCAAGUACUUCAAACCAUCUUCCAACUUCUGCAAGUUUGAUCACUUUGCCUAUCCCUUCUCCUCAUGCUCCCACUCAUUUAGUCGCUCACAUCACACAAUUCAAAGGUCAUUCACUCAUGCUUUGGUGUGGUGAAGCAAAUCCAUCGUUAGCUGAUGCUGCCCUACAGGAUGAAAGGCAAAGCUCAAAUCAAGCUGCCCAACAAGCAGGAUCAUCUUCUCUUUUGAUGGAGGAACACGUUGCACCGGGAUUACAAACGAAUGCACAUCCUGAUUCCAUACCGCCAACAGGGCUGCUAGGCAAAGAAUGGGCUGUAGGAAUGACAAACCCCGCUACAGAUGCAUCUAUGUCCACUUCUCUCUUUAGAUCAAAUUUGGACAUCGCUAAACCAAUGGCAGCAAGACUGUCAAAACGAUUCAAGAUCCCGCAGCUGUUUCUCUCACUCGCAUUACCCGAUCAGCUACUAUCAAUGCUCGAUGGACCUUUCUCAGAGCCUUUGGGAGGAAAAGCCUUACUUUUACUAGAGGGUGCACUAGGAAAGGUGAUCAAGAGUAACGCAGAAUUGCAGUCCACGACUGCACAGUGAAAUGCUUGUGUACAAUAUAAAGUCAUUGUAGUAUAAUACAUAACAAAUUGCAAUCAUUGAUCC